CGAGUAAGUCAACAGUGUAAAAAACCAUCUAAACAUGAACAUUGGUCGCAAAGUAAUACAGAAUUCGUCAUCGUUUCUUCGUUUCCGAAGUCCAGCGUGUACUCCAAUCAUAUCGGCUCGAAAUGUCGGAGCUUAUCAAGGACACGGUAAAACUACGAUCAAUGUAAUGAAUAAUAAAGACUCCGAAUCCAUCACUAUAUCAGCAUAUUCUCAAGUUGGUUUUCGUCUUCACAACGGAGUUUUCGUUGUCGGUCCGAUGAUCUUGUAUAAAAACAUAGCCCUCGGCUGGGAUGUCAGAGAUGAUCAAGCUGUAAACGAAGAUAGCUUGGAAUUUUUCCGCCAUCUAGAACCUCCUCUAGACUUACUGAUACUUGGAUUAAGCGAAGACAAGAGUCUUAAAUCGUUCAAUAGAGAGUUAAUCAUACAAUUUAGAAAGCUCGGUUUAGCUAUGGAAAUUCUCCCGAGUACCAGAGCCGUACAGAUGUACAACUUCGUCGCCGAAACGCGCAACGUAGCCGGAGCUUUUGUACCUCCUAGGCGUUUCAAUAUUACUACCGAAGAUUAUUUCUCUAGUACGCGUAAAUUUGGUAUAAUGUACGGUCCAGAAGUUGGAACCCAUGGUGAAGGAAACGUUGUUAAACAAGCCAGAGAGAUGGGAAUCAAAGAUUCGUAAUUCAGAAAAAUAGUGCUUAAUGACGAAAUCGCAACCGUAUAGUUAUUAUUUUAUAUCUAGCUAAAAUCUAUUGUAUUUUGUUAAUAUAUAUUGUUUCAAUAGAA